AUGGAGGGGGCGGAGGGGACUAAUUUGGCUUGGCGUGACGUGUCUCCGGCGGAGAAAAGGCAAAACUGCCCCAGCAACGGCUGCCUCUCUUUCAACUCUUCUCCCAUUACGUGUAGCCUCCCGCAAGGCGCGGUGCUUUUGAAGGGCAAGUGCAACUGCGCGUGUGGGUGCAAUGUAUCGCACGCCGCCCACGACGCUCCCCGCGCUUUCCGGGGAGUGUGGGGCCCUGGUAGACAACAGCCGCCUAAGCGGGUCUUCAACGCGGCCGUGUGGCUGAAAUGGCCCAACGGCGUCUCCACUUGCCGACGCUCGCCUAUCGAUUGGCCCGCGCCUGGGCGGCCGCUUGGGUGCGUUGCGGGCCAUUUUUCGCCACGCCGGCGACGCGAGGAGGAAAAAAAGUUUCCGUGA